AUGAGCAGAGGAAAGUGGGCUGGUGAGCUUUUGGUCCAUGCAGGCCACAACAUUUGGCUGGAUAAGACUGUCUGGGAGAAACUUAUGUCUUCGUCAAAGGACUCGCUCUUUGUAAAGGACAGCGCUGUGGCCAUUUGGUCGACCGUGCAAUUAGCACGCCGCAGCGUGACUGGAAAGCUGUCCAACAGGCACACUGCAGAAGGCAAGACAGCACAGGGCCCCCUGACACCUCAGACGCUGAAAGCCAUUCACUGUAUAUUCGACUACUAUGCGAGGAUGAAUGGUGCUGGCAAUGAAGAUAUUAAGAAGAGGUCGAAGUCAAUAAGGCGAUACUUGAUUGAAAAAAUGUGCCAGCUCAGGAGGUAA